AUGAAAGGAUUGGAAUCGGAUGGUGAGGCAUUUUUCUCUCUAUUCCCCUUCAUUUUCAGCAUUUUUCCCUCUUUCAUUUUGUCUCUUUUCCUCUUUGAUUUUCUCUCCUUUCACUCCUGUCUAGCUUUAGUUUUCUCUCCUUUCUCCUCUCUUUCAGGUUUUCUCUCCUUUCUCCUCUCUUUCAGGUUUUCUCUCCUUUCUCCUCUCUUUCAGGUUUUCUCUCCUUUCUCCUCUCUUUCAGGUUUUCUCUCCUUUCUCCUCUCUUUCAGGUUUUUUCUCUCCUUUCAGGUUUUCUCUCCUUUCUCCUCUCUCUUUCAGGUUUCUCUCCUUUCCUCUCUUUCAGGUUUUCUCCUUUCUCUCUCUUUUCUUUUCUCUCCAUUCUCCCCUCUCAGGUUUCUCUCCAUUCUCCCCUCUCUCAGGUUUCUCUCCAUUCUCCCCUCUCAGGUUUUCUCUCAUUCUCCCCUCUCUCAGGUUUCUCCUCCCUCUCUCAGGUUUUCUCUCCAUUCUCCCCUCUCUCAGGUUUUCUUCUCCCCUCUCUCAUUUCUCCCAUUCUCCCCUCUCUCCAUUUCUCUCCAUUCUCCCCUCUCUCAGGUUUUCCAUCCCCUCUCUCAGGUUUCUCUCCAUUCUCCCCCUCUCUCAGGUUUCUCUCUCCAUUCUCCCCUCUCAGGUUUUCUCUCCAUUCUCCCCUCCUCUCAGGUUUUCUCUCCAUUCUCCCCUCUCUCAGGUUUUCUCUCAUUCUCCCCCUCUCAGGUUUUCUCUCCAUUCUCCCCUCUCUCAUUUUCUCCCUCUCAUUCUCCCCUCUCUCAGGUUUUCUCCAUUCUCCCCUCUCUCUCAGGUUUUCUCUCCCAUUCUCCCCUCUCUCAGGUUUUCUCUCCAUUCUCCCCUCUCUCUCAGGUUUUCUCCCAUUCUCCCCUCUCUCAGGUUUUUUCUCCAUUCUCCUCUCUUUCAGGUUUUCUCUCUAUUCUCCCCUCUCUCAGGUUUUCUCUCCAUUCUCCCCUCUCUCAGGUUUUCUCUCCAUUCUCCCCUCUCUCAGGUUUUCUCUCCAUUCUCCCCUCUCUCAGGUUUUCUCUCCAUUCUCCCCUCUCUCAGGUUUUCUCUCCAUUCUCCCCUCUCUCAGGUUUUCUCUCCAUUCUCCCCUCUCUCAGGUUUUCUCUCCAUUCUUUCUCAGUUUUCUCUCCAUUCAUUAAUUUUUUUUCAAUGCUUUUUGCUUUUCCUCUCUCUAUUUGCUCUUCUCUCUCUUUCUCACUCACCUUCUCUCUCCUGACUCAGUGA